AGGAUAACACAUAAAAAGGGGAAAGAAUGAGGAGAGAUACUUUAUUAGCAACACAUAAGCCGGAGCAGAAGUGGAGGAAAGCAAACGCGACGAAGAUCUACUGCAGAAAUCACGGUUCAGUUUCGACCGCCAUGAUGGGUCCAGCUUUGUUUACUUUCCUCGCUCUUCUGGCCACGUGCUCGGCCCAGUCGACCUCCUCGCCUUGUCUGACGGAGUUCCUGUGUUCGACGGUUGGCCUCUUCCCACAGUGCCCCAAUGCCUGCGAUGUCGGGUAUUUCCGUUGUUCGGGAGGUGACAUCAAUCAGCUUGUGACCCCCUCACAGUGCGAUUUCGGCCUUGUGUUUGACCUGAACUUCCAGCACCCUUACUGCGUCUUGCCAAGCGAUUGCCCGAGUACGCCCUCAACAGGAGGUUCCACGUCCAGCACGGGAUGCUUAACCACAUUCACCUGUACUACUGCGGGUAACUUCCCCGCUUGUAGUACAUGUGACCCGCAAUACUUCCAGUGCACGAACGCAGGGAUCGCCGGGGUCCUUACAAGUUGCAACAAUGGAUUGGUGUUUAAUACGAACUCUGCCUAUCCGUACUGUGUACUUCCUUCAAACUGCCCUUAUAAUCCGAUUGGGUGAAGGGAUGUUAUCAUUUUUGAAUUUGAUUGUUAUGCUUAUGUAGUUUUGAAUACUACAGUGCGUGGAAGACGUGUUCUAAAAUGUGUAUAAGACUGUUUAUGAUUAUAUUCGUAUAUGUUAACACUGUUAAUAAAGAGAAACACAGA